UGACUGCUCAAGUACAGGUGGUGGUCCUCCGAGCAGUGCAUUACAUACAUCCUAUAAAUGUACAAUACAUACCUGUCGGCGCUCGGGCCACCAUACUAGCGCGCCGUCUAAGAAACUGUCUCCCUCCAAACAACCACAGUGAUAAGACGUGCUCUGCUCUCCGGCCUCCAUCUUCAUCCGCACACCACAAAGUCAACCCCCACUACUCGCAGUCGAACCCUCUUCGCAGUUACCGUUUACUGCGGAUACAGGUCACUUUUCUUUAUUGCCAGCUUUCCUUUGACCAGGCUCCUCGCGCGCCAGACAAAAACCCGCGACCUAGGCGCACUUACCCGUCGCCACUCCAUCUCUCCCUUUAUCUCGAAGCCUGUUGCUACAAAGACCGCCUGGUACCCAGCUGCACAGCCGCUCUACCCACCCCGACACUAUCAACAUGGAGGAGUUUGCGGCUGGCUCGCCCCUCUCGAGGGAGCUGCAGCUUCUUGUCCAACCCAAGCUCGCCGAGUGUGGAUGGACCACGGGCGGCGAUGACACUACUCUAUUCGACUACAUUCUUCUCAUGCUUGCGAACGACAAGAACGAAGCGCAAGUCGCCUCUGAGCUUUCCAACGAUCUUCUUGAUCUGGGCCCGGAAAAUGUCGAGACACAGCAGUUUGCGCACUGGUUGUUCGAGAAAAUCGAUACCCUCCGCCAACAGCUGAACGGCGGCAAUGCCGCUGGCAAUGCCCAGAUCGCGCAUGCCGAUCAAAAUCGCAUGGACGACGCCCCCAAUGAUGCUCCCGCAAAUGCGCAGGACACGGAAAUGGAGGGCACCGCAGAGACUUCGUCAGGUAACAUUCCUACUGGACCCAAAGCAAUGCGCAACGGCAGUGGCCCUAAGCCCGCGCGCGGUGGUCGCAUGCUCAAUCAAAUGAACAAGUCUAUGAACCGGCAUGAUGAUUCCGCCUUGCAUCGCGUUCGGGGGUCGCAAGGUACAGGUCGCGUCGGAAACGCCCGUGAACCACCAAAAGGACCCCGCAACGGAUCGCAAGUUGGACGCGGGCUCGAUGCUCUUGCCGGCGGCAGGGGCAUGAACAACAUGAACUUGGUACCCGGCAACGCCAACAACGGAAUGAGCAACAUGAACGCAAUGCCUGGAAUGCCCAUGGCUGGUGGCAUGGGGCAGAACAACAUGCCCGGCAUGCUCAAUCCUUCACAGCAGAUGGCUCUCAUGAGCAUGUACGAGCAACAGGCGACCAUGAUGCAGCAAAUCUUUGCCGGCCAGGUCCCCACAAACUUCCCCAACCCCUCGUUUCAACCAAGGGGUGGUAAGAAAUCCCAGGGCUCUAACCGCGGCGGUCAUCAAGGAAACAAGCACAACAUGCCUGCGUCCUCCAAAUUCCCCAAGAAAGAAGGACAGGAUGAUGUCAUGACCGACGACACUGCUGCUACAGAGAACGGAACUGCGCAGGAACCUGAAACACCACGCCGCGACCCAUCUAUGACUGUUUGUGUUUUCAACACACGAUGCGCAAAGGCCGAAUGCCCGUACGUGCACUCGUCUCCAGCCGCGCCUCGAGGAAUCACCCUGGAUAUGAAUGUGACAUGCGAGUAUGGCGUAGCCUGCAAGAACAGCAAAUGUGUGGGCAAACACCCUUCUCCUGCUCAGAAGCAACAAUAUCAAGCGGAACAAGAUUGCGUCUUCUAUCCAAACUGUCGCGAUCAGAAGAACUGCCCGUAUAAGCACCCCACUGCGCCCGUCUGUCGCAAUGGUGCCGACUGCACGACGCCAAAUUGUUUAUUCUAUCACUCCAAAGUCAUGUGCAAAUACAACCCUUGCACUCGACAAGGAUGCCCUUACAAGCAUGAGGAGGGUCAGAAGCAGGGAGCUGCGAAAAGCAAUGUCUGGGUUGCGCCGAAGAAUGGAGGAGAGGCGAACACGGAUCAUGUGAGCCAGAGGAGAUUUAUAGACGAGAGCAAGGAGGAGGAGCCAAUUAUCCCGGACAAGACACAGCAGCAGUCGAACACGGAGAUGGUAGAAGCAGCAUUGUAA